ACUUAACUAUAAAUCUCUCCAAACUGCCCUCUGCGCCCGGUGCGGUGUUAUGCGCAGACAUCUGUCCUGCUUCAGUCCACUAUGAGGACAGCGCGUGUGGAGACUCUUCGAGCUACAUAGUCACUAUCUGACCUGGAGGAAAUGGAGAAUAAACACCCCCGCCUGUGUUGUUUACCAUGUCAAGAUGUUGUCAGAUGUUGGCGAUUAUGAACAUUUGACGCAGUUGUGGAUAUAACGACGCUUUAACUGUUUUACCAAGAGGCAGACAAGAGCUCCUCGCGCUCUGGGACACACAUAUUGUGCAUCUUUUUUUUUCUCGCUGGAGACGCUGAUGUCUUCAUUGGACUCCUUUCAGUCGGAGAUGGUGGAACUCUCUCGGAUUUCCAACGUGGAAACGUAGCAUCCAAUUAAUCAGCGACUGCAACUGUACCCCAGUAAGGCGCAGUGGCACUUGGUCCGCUCUCUUCAACACCUACCUUUGGACUCCAAAGUGUGGAAAGACGCAUGGUUUGGUCGCUGCGCCGGACCGGAGUAUGAAAAACACACCUGGUGCGUUAUUUCAGCUUUUUUCCCUAUCAGGACAUAAACCGAAUUUGAACUCGUUUUAAGGAAAUUUUCGGAUCGUGGCUGUUGAACGAUUCAUGCAGCUGAUUCCGCUUGGGACACCAAAUGAGUCGCGUUUUCUGUUUUGGAUUUUAACGCCAACAGCCAAGCGAGUUUCAGGUCUGCAUGGGCCAUAUUUAAGCUUUCUUCAUAGGAACUGAGUCUAAGAUGAAGUUAUGGGAUGUUUUGGCCACGUGUUUGUUGCUCCUGAGCUCUGUUGCUACACGGCCUCUCUACCAAAACACUCAGCCAGCCAAGAGGACUUAUUUCCCCAGCAGCUACAGUGAUUCUGCGUCCCUGUCUGUGGAGGACGAAGAGCCAGCGUUCCAGCGUGAAGACCACAACCUGCAGAAGAUCGCCAUGGAGGAUCAAUAUGACAUCGCAGGCCCCUAUCCAGAUCAAUUUGAUGAUGUAAUGGAUUUUAUUGAGGCUACCAUUGGCAGACUCCGUCGAUCGUCGGAUCCCAGCGGAGGCUCCAGGGGACGGAGGGAACAGAGACAGAGAGGAGCAGCAAACACAGGAAGCACGAGAGGUGAGAGGAGAGGACAUGGCGACAGGAAGCGUGGCCGGGGGCGAGGGGGAAGUCGAAACGGUAAAGGAGGACGAGGCGAGAAGGGGAGGGAAGGGAUAUCGGUGCAGACCCGAGGCUGCUUGCUAAAGGAGGUCCAUCUCAAUGUGACGGACUUGGGGCUGGGCUACCAGACUAAGGAGGAGUUGAUCUUCCGGUACUGCAGCGGCCCCUGCGUGGAGGCGGAGACCAACUACGACAAGAUCCUCAACAACCUCACACACAACAAGAAGCUGGAUAAGGACACACCCUCUCGCACCUGCUGUCGACCAAUCGCUUUCGACGAUGACUUAUCUUUCUUGGACGACAAUGUGGUGUAUCACACGCUGAAGAAGCAUUCUGCCAGGAAGUGUGGCUGUGUCUGAGGAAGUGACAGCCGUGACCAGCGUCUGUGAACUAAGGAUCACAUUUACAAGCUGGUGGGAUCUCUGUUGGAAGUGGGCAUACGAGGUCAAAGAGGGAGUUUACUGUUUCUAAUUUUUGUCAGUAGACAUCAAAGACGAUGGAGCAGCAAAAAGGUGUAUUCAACUUUGACAGUCCAUGCUCAGUCCAUCAGAACCCUGACCAGCAUUUGACUGUUCAAUCAGACACAUGCAGAAAUGUACGAGGCCUGUACCGAUUCGCAGGAGAAACGAUACUGUUACACUUCCAGAUUUGCUAACUGUGCUGUCAAAAAAGGUGAGAGUGAAAAAAAAACUUCUGACAAAGUUGGCUCUUUUUUCUGGAGGAAUUCAUUUUCCCAGGAACAUCACUUUUUCCAUAGCUGGCUCCUAAGACUCCAGAUGAACACAGAGAUUUGAGGAGUAUAUUCAGCUGCGGUCUAAAUCACUUUCACUGCAUAGUCUGGAUGUUGACAUUUACAUUCAGAGCCAAGGGAUGACAAAUAACCACGCCGGAGUUCAGCAAAGACUUUUUGGUGCAACGCAUCUACAGAAAAUCCAAUCAUAUAUAUAUAUAUAUACAUACAUAUUUAUAUGUAUAUAUAUAUAAAUAUAUAUAUAUAUAUAUAUUAUACACGUGUGUGUAAGAGGUAUAUUUAUUAAGAUGGGAAUUAACUUAUUGUUAUUUAUUUCAAACCAUUUUAUGAAAGAAAUUGUCGUAUUUCUUAUUUAUUUAAAAGCUUUGUUUGUCCUGGAUGGUGCCAAUGUGGAACAUUUUCUCAAGCAAAGUCUAAAAAAAGGUGAUCCAGUACUGCUAAACACUCAAACACACAUCCUAAUGAUGCUUAUCUGCUUCACUCAGAUUCCAGAGUUUCUCAAUCCAUGACUCCAAAGGAUCAUAAUUUGCUACCACGUUAGAAUGAGACACAGAGGAGGGGACCAAUAGAAGAUUUUUGACUGAAGUGAUCUGUAGUUUUGGAGCAUUUUGAGAGACGGCAGGGUAGAUUCUUCACCUCAUUUUCUCCGAUGUGACCAUGCUAAGACAGGGGGAGGACUUCAGAUGUUGCUCUCUCAGCACAUGAUUCUUUGCUGCUGUUUAUUUUCAAGACCCAGAAUAGAUUUAACAUCACUCCAACGAGGAGCCAUCACAUCUUGUAAUUGAUGUCCAAAAUCAACAUGAGCGUAGGGGUCUCUCUGAGGAUCUGCAGGUGCCUUUGAGGAUGCAUACUUUGAGUCCAGAAGCUGCUAGAAUGCCUGCCUAUCAGCAUACGUUACCCGAAACCUCACUCUGGCCUCGCACCAAGUCUGAGCAAAGGCUCUGCAGCGGUAACUGUCCCAAUAGGCUUUAAAGUUCACAGGACUGCUUGUGUUUCUGUCUCGACUCUGACAGACAGGUCUUACUCCCCGAAAGGGGAUUUGAAAGUGAUCCUCUAACAUGAGUCUUAACCAAAUAUCCCCGUGGGCAAAGGCAUAUUGGUGAAGGCAGUUUAAGGAAGAUCUAGCUACUGUAACGGCUGUCAUCGCGCAGCUGAUGUAAAUAUCUCGAGACUACUCAUUUGGACAAAAGAUGUUUUGGAGCUGCGGAGGGAAGACGAUGGGUAGGCUCAAUGUGCUUUCUACAUGUAAUCACUUGUUCAGCCAAGUUUAUUCCCAUACACAAAUACACAUCCAGGAAAACAGGAGGGUCUUUAAAAGCAUGUUGCUGUGCCCAUCGAGACCCUGCGAGGGGAUCCUUUUAAGUGGAACAAAGAGAGCCCUCGGGUAGGUCUUGAUGUUAGCACGGAUUAGGGACCAAGGUAUCUGUGCCCACCCAGCAGCAAGCAAGCCAGCUUUACUGUGUAAUCCCCCUGCACACAGAACAAAUCCACUGCAUCAAGCUGAAUUUAGGCCAAACACUACACAGAGAGGAGAAAAAAAACUCGUAGCUUUUAUCACAGCAUACCUCAUCAAUUGGAUCAUCUUCCCCUUUAACAACUGAUUCGUGCAUAAGCCUUUCCAGAUGAGAAUGUGCAGUUAGGAGACUUCCCAGAAGCCUCAGAGCGCACCGCUACUCCCCGAUACCAUACAUUAAAGUGUGUAAACUGUGACCACUAGCCCUCUCAUCUUCAUGACUGUUUGCUCAAAUGUUUUCUUGGUGUUUAGUCCUGUGGUUUUCAUACAAAGGUAAACAAGCAAAAAGGUAAAGAUGCGAAGGAAUCCUCAGUGUUAGUAUUAGAAGAAAGGAUUGGAUUUCUUUCUCACUCGUUGUGGUGUUAACACCUCUGUGAAAAAAAAACUGUCAUGUCGUCUCACUUGUUUUGUGUUACAGAACCAAAGCUCUCUGCAAACUUUAUUUUUGUACAAUAUUCAUUUUAUAACUUUUUACAGAAUUAAACUUGUUUCUAUUAAACGAGCGUGUCUCCUGGUAUUCUGCCGUGUACAGUAAUGCACCGGUGCCAGAUGGUGCUAAUUUGCCUGGGACGUGUUUACACAAGCAUCAUGUAAAAUUGAGGAUGAAAAUUUGGGUUAAAAGGAGAAUUGCGGGAGUGGUUUGAGAGAUGGCCUUGACAGUGUGGCGUGCAUUCCUGAGCGCUAGCCCAGGGUCGUACAGUAAACAAAAGCUAGCCGUAAAGUGCCACUGAGCUGUAAAUCAAGGCGGCCGAGAAUGUUUCCACUGUGCAGAGAAGAUCUGUAAAUGCUGAUGAGGAGAUUGCAGCAGUACAGAAAGCAAGUUAUUAAACAGCAUUUAAGGUGUGCGUACAAGGUACAAAAGCUUUUGGGGCAAGUGCAAAUCAAACCUUAAUUUCAAAAUCUUUCAGCCCUCAUUAUUUUUUUUAAUCAAAGCUGUUUGAAGUCUGUUUUCCCCCUGCAAAAUAUGCCAGGUCCCUUCAGUGCUGAGAUCUGAUAAUUGAAGCUGCUCUUAUCAAUAAUUUUAUAUUAACAAUAAAUUAAAUGAAGGUAAAAGGGGGACGCUUGCAGUGACAAACUUGCAGAAAAUUAUCUCCCAAUUCUACAGCUCUCCUCACCUCUACAAAGUGUUUCAGCAUCUUUCAGCUCAUUUUGGUCUUAAAGCCCAAGACUUUAACGUUUAGGCUCCAUUUCGCCGCUCUGCUCAGCAUCCUUUCCACGUGUAGGCAGCUGUUUAGUGCCCUAGAAACCCCAAAAAGCAGACAGACAAAGUUAGCAACUAGCUGGUGAAGAUAGUGGAGCAUUUAGAAGCACAUAUUUCCCUUAGGAGCUGGUGGAGACCAAAAACAGAGCAAAAAGAGAGUGAGAAUUUGAAGAACAUUCAGCUGGUGAGCAGAAAGACCACUACAAUUGAAUGACAUGUCUUUGUAACUGUCGUAGCUGCUGGACGUGUAAAUAAGCAACUGUUUGCUAACAAGUCUGCCAUGUCAAUGUAAAGAUACAGUCAGCGAUUUUUAUCCAGUCCGAUACACUUUGUCUAAUUCAGCGAUAAUCUCAAGGUCAAAUGGGAAUCAUUUACUCAGACCAAGCCACACAACACUAUUCCAGCCAAUCAGCAACAUUCAUUCUCGUACGUAGGACAGAGAGGCAGCCGUGGGUGUAGAAAAAGUCAACAGCGAGAGCUUGAGGGACGAUAAUUCGGGCACAUGCUAACGUGCUAAACUCCACAGCACAAUGUCAAUAAUCUUUACCCAGAAUUGCUGACUUCACCUUUAGAUGGUGAGAUGUAAAUAUUCACAAGUUGCUUCUCCUGCAUUUAAACUUUUUACUGCACAUCUUCAGUAGGAACCAAUGGACAAGUAAUGAAAGACAAACGAACUCCUGGGGUCUGUUGCCAAUUAGGAAAAUGCAGACUAUCAUCAGCGUUAUCCUUUAAUCCACAAAUCUGGGUCCUGCUUAUUUAUUCUUGUCGAGUUAAAUGUGAUUUUUAUCCUACAUGAUAUCCGGGGCUGACAGCAGUUGGUUGCUUGCGGUCGCAAAAAAAAAAAAUUCUUUGGGACUAUUUCUUGGGUAGAAAGAUGUUUCCAUGAAAACUAGUCACACUGUAUUCUGUGAAAUAUUCUGAGUAAGUAGGACACUGUAUCUGGUGUUUCUCAAACUUUUUAAUGCUGUGAGCAGCAGAAAAUCUAGUGUUCACCUCGUCUGUAUUAGGAGCAAAGAUGUAACCACUGCACGUCCUCUGAGGAAGAACAUAUUUCUUUGCCAUUUGGAUGAACUGACCCUUUGACAGGUCUGUAUCUUAAAACGCCUGCACCUGGAGGCUAUGGUUACAGCUCCACACACAGCCUCUCUCUUUUCCACGUGCCAACUGGUUCAUCACAUGCUGGUGGAGUGAAUCAAACAGCAGUCACUCCUCACCUCCCGCUGCUGACUGAGAACUCUUCUCGAGGAGAGCUUGACGUCAGCCUCUCCCCCCACGAAGCCGAUCUCUCUCUCUCUCUCUCAGCUCUCCACUUUAGUCGCUCUUAAAAACUUCACUCACUGUUUUAGUCCUUCCAUAUUUCUUGUACUGGUAUUUGUCUGUCUCAUAUUCGCUUUAUGGCCACAGGAAGUUUGCCAGGACGCAGAGACAUUCGAUUGUCUGCUUGUAACUUUGGUUGACAAGGAAUUUAAGGCCGCUCUACAGUUUCACCCAUUGGAAGUCACUAAGUAGAAACACCAGCUGAAUGACGGGUAUGGAUGUGAAGACUUUGCGUGUCGUUGUAAAAAGAUAACAUCCAAUAUCACUGUUACUGAGCAACUGGGGGAAAACAGCACAGUAUAUAUGCUAUCAAAACCUCCUUGUCAUCUCAGCAGUAAAAUUCGAAAUGUAUACAGUCGAAUGAACCAUAUGACUCACUUGUUAAAAAAUACUUUUACAGGAAAACACACAGUUAGUUUGUUGCAGUGGGCAGAAGUUGAAUUCCUGGGAGAUGAGGAACACAAUCGCGUCUUUCAUUAGAUCUGUAUGUUGUGGUUUUCUCUGUCAGUUGAAAUAUAUUUAGACACUGUACAGGUCACUUAAAGAAAAAACAGAGAAAUGGCUCCACUCUGUUAUAGGUGUGCUAUGCAGUACAGGUAGUUUCAGAUUAUUAUGCAUUUUACAGCCACGCCUCAUUUUAAAUUUUAAAAGUUUAGUUGUGAAAGCAAUUAGAGCCUCUCGAAAUAUAACACAAUUUGGUUCUGGAGCUUGAGCGUGAAAGUUCAUCAUUCAUUUUGAGAAUAGUUGUGUGAGAAAAUGAUCUUAAAAUAACAUUUCAUCCACAAAAUGAUCAACUUUAUAUGUCAGUUACUCUCUGUGUGUUAGCUUGUAUGCUCAGUGCUUCCCAAACAUAUGCAUUUUUGCCGAAUUGUUACAAUAUACAACACUUCCAUCUAUGAGUAGUGCACCCUGAGCAUGCCAUGAGAACGCUACUUGGCCGUAACGCUAACGUUUUAGCAAAAGUACACUUGCUUGGAAAGUACCGAGCACACGACUGGAUAAAUGAGAUUUGGAUUACACUGUGUGAGAGUUUGUAAACUGAUGUUCUGGUAUAGUUUUGCCGUUGUUGAGGCAUUAUCCCUUUAUCUGGAGGCAUGCAAGUACUUAAAUUUUCUUCACAAAUUUAAGGCAACACAUGGUGAGUAACUGAUAUAUAAAUGCUCAUUUUACUGGUGAAAUAUUCCUUUAACUCAAGGUUGUGUCUCAUAGUCUUCCUCAACAUCAGUGCGCUGACAAAGGUUGUGAGAUGUCGUUGAAAAAUACAGAGAAAGGUCGUAAAUGGACCUUGAAAUUAUUGAGAUUAUUUACAUUUUUAAUUAUAACUUCUUAGCUUUGCAUCAGUAUUAGAAUUGCAGCACUUGCAGUAAAUUUUACCAAAUUAACAACUGUGCAAAAAGUAGCCUGUAAAACCUUUAUUUAAAGCAGUGAGUGAAAACACCGGCCCUGGCCAGGACUGGGUGUACUGUACAGUAUAUCUGCAGGUUUAAGCCAGUGCCUCAUAAAAAACAUACUUGGCAGAAGAAUCCCUUUGAUCAGCUGGUGAAAAAAGAUCUAUCACUUCACUUUGGGUAAAAUAUAUCGCUAUUUGACAAGAGAAUACAAAUUCCUUUAUAUAGGUCUUGGGGUGAAACACACUAUGUCGGAAAAAUCUAAAUUAGCGAAUGGCUGAUUGAAGUUUUGUAUAUCAAAUCCCACAAAGCUACGCAGCUUUACAGUGUAAAUCCAUCAAAAAAAAGGGAACAGGACUGGCUGCGAGUUUGUGUACUCCUUUGCAAUUUACUUUUUUAAAAACUAGCAAACUGUUAUUCAUAGCUGAUGAACACAACCAGACCACAAAAUCUGGAGACAAUUUAUGAGGCAUUAGCAAACUCUGGAGAUGUGGGAGGAGAGGACAAUAGAAAUGAUGAAAAUAAA